GGGCUUCCGUGGGGUGUCCCUUGUAGGUCCCGCAAGCAGCCUUCAAGGCAGAAGGCUCGGUGUCGCUCAGGACCAUCCUAGGGCUCCGGAGGGCCCUGGACCCGAGGGAAGGUGGCCCUCCAGACUGGCCACGCUGUCCCGACCAGCCUCCAGAGUGGCCCCGAUGCCUGUCAACCAUGGCCCCAUGUGACCCCCGCCAGUCCGAGGCCCCACUUUGCUUCCUUGAGAAUCAGCAACAGAGGGGUGUCUGCCGACAGCCUUCCCGGCCUCCCCAGAUCCGGGACCACCCCCCCGUCACCGCCCCCCGCCGGACAGCAUCUCCCCAACCUCCGACACUGGCGCCCAGAGCCUGUUUGCAGCUUCCCCCAGAGCCCCCGGGAGGGGCAUCCCCUGAGAAGGAGCCAGGAGGGAAGUCACCCGCCUUUCUUACCUUAGAACUAAAUCUGGCUCAAGGUGGCCGGCCCUCCAGGCGUUUGGGGCCAGUGUGGACGGAAAAGGGAAAGGCGGACCCAUCUGUGGCUGGGUGCUGAGGACAGGAAUGGUGAAAAUCCCCUGGGCUCAACCCUCCUUCUCUCCUCCCAGAUCCACCCCAGGCAAGUUAAGGCUGCCAAGAAGAGAGAGGAGGGAAGCCCAGAUCCCUUCUGCACAGUUUGGGGAUCAUACAUGCUUGGAAAGGAAUGAACUGCAUGCAGUCACUGCCUCCUCCAAGAUUCCCUGUUUGUUCUGGGACGACCUUGAACUUCAAAGCAGACCCUCGGUUCUUUGCUCCAUGGCAGAGAGGGGCGAGGUGGGACCCCAGCCCUGCACACACCGAACCUUUUCCUUGUUGCACGGCAGAGGUCCCACAGGCGGGCUGUGGUGCACAGAGGCCACUUAAAGGUGUGAGCAAGGCUCCCAGGACGUGCACACACACGUCGGAAUCAGACUCCUCACUCUCCCUCACAUGCCCUGUUCCUGUGGCAAUCCCCAUCCACCAUCCACUCACCAAAUGUUUGCAGAGCACCCGCCAUCGGUGUUUGCAGAGCACCUGCCGUCGGUGUGUGCAGAGCACCUGCCAUCAGUGUGUGCAGAGCACCUGCCACUGGAGGACGCUGCACCCUCCGGGCACCUGGCACCAUCCUGGACUCUCUCUCACCUCUGCACACUCCCCUUCUCCUUUGCCUUCACCCUGGCCAGGACCCCUCCCUCCUCCCCGGUCUCCCGGCCUCUACUCCUGCCUCCUACAAUAUUCUCCCAGAAGCGGGAGUGAUCUUGUCAAAACACAAAUCUGUCUGCACUGUCCCUCAAAGCCAACGCAUCUGAAGCCCAGGACCCCUCGUGCGCACGCACGCACGCACGCACACUCUCCCCAGGCUCCAGACCCACCAGCCGCUCUCAGUUCCUCUAAUGGGCCGUGCCCCUCCUGUCCCUCCCUGUCUCGAGGCCUUCUGCCAGGACCAGUGUCCCUCCUCCUCCUGUGCGGGUCACUGCUCCUCAUGGCUCAGCUCCGGAGCCCCCCAGAGAAGCCCACCCUGACCCCACCCAGGUGGCCCCAUAUCCACUGCCAUUCAGUCCUCGCCCUGCUGCUUCCUGGAGCAUGCACAGGGGUGAUCCGAUGACCAUGCGAUCGCUUGGUGAUGAUCUCUAGAGGGCAGGGGCCAGGCCUCCAGGAUGUAGGCAAAUAAGUGUUGGUGGCUUGGAUCGGUGACUGUGGGCGGCCUGCCCGGCCUCGCCUUCAGGGCCUGGACCCCAAAAGGGGGUCUCCUUAAGGAGUUUAGAGUGCCCAAAGCCACCCCGUUCAUGCAUUGUCUCACCUGGAGCAGCUGUCCCUAGCACCCGCUGUCCUUGCAGUGACGCCGGUGACAAUGGUCAUGUUCCCUAAGCACAGAGGACGUGUCAGGUACCCUAUGUACGUACGUCUCCCCAGUGCUUCUCCUCAACCACCCUGGGGACACGUCAGAGGGGCACGUUUUAUACAAGAGGCUUGGAGACGGUACAGGCCUAUCUCAAGGUCACACAACCACAAAGCCGCCAGGCCAGGACCCGCAACCUGAGGGAGCUCUUAGCCAGCGGUUUCAAAAGACCCUCACUCAACCAUGCACACACACACACACACGCAUGUGCACACACACACAGAGGCCCUUACCCACAGGCCUCCAACACAGGCCUCGCCCAACACUCACACACACAUGCACAUACACACACGAGCUCGAGCAUCACAGCUGGCCGAGGGUGUGGGUCUGAAGGGGUUAGAAAGGCCUUCCCUGGAGACCGAGGAGGGUAGAGGCGAUGCUGAGGGCCACCCCUGGGGGCCGGGGAGCAUCACGGGGGCAAAAGCUUCUGGGUGGAGGUGAAGGAAACCAAGGAUGCCCAGCGCGGUGCCUCGGAGGGAAGGUGAACUGGCCCUUUCAUUGACCUGGGACGACAGGAGCACACCUCUCCCAGCCGCCCGGAAGAGCCUGAAGGGCUCUCCCCCCAAAACAGACGGCCCCUCACACCCCCAGGGUUUCCCCUCCUCUCCCGGGGCUCUGACCGCGUUUUGAGUUCUGGACCCCAGAGCCAGACUGGACCCCAGACAGGGGUCUCAGAACAGAGUUUCCAAACUUCCCAUCUCUAUUCAUUUUGGUCCCAUCUACAUUCUAUAUACUUCCUGUACUAUUAUUCACUUCAUUGUUUUCCUUAAAAUCAUUUUUUUAAAAAACUGCAUUUAGUUUUUCCUAAGAAACACACGGAAAUAACACGUUGAGUGUCCUAGAUACAUUUUUCCCCCAAAUAUACAUUCAAAUAAACACGUUGCUUUAAAUUACAGUUGCAUUGGGGCGCCUGGGUGGCUCUGCUGGUUAAGCGCCAACCUCAGCUCAGGUCACGAUCUCAUGGUUUGUGAGUUCGAGCCCCACAUCAGGCUCUGUGCUGACGGCUCAGAGCCUGGAGCCUGCUUGCGAUUCGUGUCUCCCUCU